GAAUCGCAGUUAUAUCGCAACAUUCAAGCGAUCAACAUCAAGUAGAACUAGAAUUUGAACUACAAAACUAAAAUGCUCGAGAUUACUUUAACCCUGCUGCUGGUGCUUGUGGGUGUCACUUAUGUGUUUAUGACAUGGAGCUUUGAUUACUGGCAGAAACGAAAUGUUCCGGGUCCCAAGCCCAAAAUCUUUACUGGAAACUAUCCCAAUAUGUACACAAUGAAGAAGCAUACCAUCUACGAUAUCGAUGCAAUAUAUCGUGACUACAAACAUCAAUACGAUGCUGUGGGUAUCUAUGGUGCAAGACGACCUCAGUUGUUGGUGAUUAGUCCAGAGCUGGCGAGGCGUGUAUUCGUCUCGGACUUUAAAAGCUUCCACGAUAACGAAGUUACGACCAUGAUCGACGAGAAGACCGACUUCUUAUUUGCCAACAACCCAUUUACUCUUGCGGGCGAACAGUGGAAAAAACGAAGGGCCGACGUUACUCCUGGUCUGACACAGGGUCGAAUCAAGACUGUCUAUCCAGUUACCAAUGAAGUCUGUACGAAAAUGUCCACCUGGCUGAAAAAGCAACUACAAGUAGCUCCUCCAGAGGGAAUCAAUGCCAAGGAUUUAUGUCUGCGCUACACCACUGAAAUGGUGACAGAUUGUGUGCUCGGUCUUAAGGCAGAAAGUUUCACGGACAAGCCGACACCCAUCAUGGAUCACAUCAAGGAUCUCUUCUCACAGCCCUGGACAUUUGUGAUAUACUUUGUGCUGAUCAGCACCUUUCCAGCACUGCGAACAUUAAUCAGACUUCGCUUUGUACCUCUCGCCACCGAAAAAUUCUUUAUAAAUCUAAUGCAGGGUGCAAUUGAUGCCCGACGUGCUCAGCUGUCUACAGGCAAGCAAUUUGAGCGCGUAGACUUCCUUGACUAUAUUCUACAAUUGGCCGAGAAAAGGAAUCUGGACACACGCCGUCUGACUGCUCACACCAUGACAUUCCUCUUGGAUGGCUUCGAAACAACAGCAAGUGUUUUAAGUCAUACCCUGUUGCUGCUGGGACGGAAUCAACAAGCACAACAGCGUCUAAGGGAAGAGAUUAAGGCUCAUCUGAACACUCAAGGUGUCGUUGAGUUUGAUAAGCUCAAUGAGUUGCCCUUCCUGGAUGCUUGUAUUCAGGAAUGCAUUCGUCUUUUCCCACCUGCCUUUAUGUCCACUAGACUGUGCACUGAGACCAUUGAGUUGCCAAACAAAAACGGUAGCAACUUUACAGUGGAGCGAGGCACCACUGUCCUUGUUCCCCAUUAUUGUUUCAUGGUGGACGAAGAGCACUUUCCCAAUCCACAGGAAUUCCAGCCGGAUCGCUUCAUGCAACCAGAUGCUGCCAAAAUGUAUCGGGAACGUGGCGUCUUCAUGGCAUUCGGUGAAACAAAUAUGUUCUUCACUUAACAAUAUAUUUUUAAUGUACUAGGUAUGCGCUUUGCUAUGGCGCAGAUCAAGGCAGCUCUCAUCGAGGUCAUUACCAACUUCGAUAUCCGCGUCAAUCCCAAGACUCGCAAAGACAAUUUGCUCGAUCAGGCAAAUCUUAUUACCUCACUAAAAGGUGGCAUUUGGUUGGACAUCAAAGCACGCCAGUAAUCAUAAAAUCAACCUUUUGUCUUUUGCCUUUUCUCUGAAUGUUUAAAAGUAAAUAUGUAGAAUAUACCGUAAGCAAUGCAAUUUGAGGAAUAUUUUUUUAUAAACAACGAAUUAAACUAUUCGCAUUCAAGUAUUUAGCUACAAUGUCCCAGCGGUGAGCGAAUAUGUAUUCCAUAGUUUAUUGUUUG